AUGACCCCUGCAAGCACAGCCAUAUCAAGUCAUUCUGGAACAGGUCAAACGGCACAGCUUCAGGAGGAAAACGAGCGGCUUCGUGCUCAACUCGAGGUCACACAGUGGGAGCGUGACAACGCUCUUGGUCAUGCCAUCAUGCUACGUGUUGAAUACAACAGUUUGAAGAAGAAACUGAAUGCUAAGGAGGAACGUGCUAAACGUAAGGGCUGCAGCAUCCGGCAACAUGGCCUCAUGACAAGUGCCGAGUCUCGACAGAGAAUUGCAGAGGAGGACGCAAGGAAAGCAGCUAAGAAGCAACAAACCGAGGCUGCGCAAUCACGUAGGCGGGAAAAGGAAGCGGCUGUGCAAGUGCGACGAGAUGCGAUGGCACUGAGCACUCGGCUUCCCCAGUCAAACAUCAUUGGCAUGAAAGCAACCUUGCUUUCCAUGAUCUGCACACAUCUGAAGGAUAACCCCAAACUGCAGAAUGAUGGUCGAUUUUCUGGCCUCUUUCCUCCACGUUCUCGUGUAGCAAACUCUGAGUCUGGACCUCUGGUGCCUGAUGCUUCCCUUGAACGUUCAAUGCAACCCGCAUCAGCAUUCCCUCCAUUGGAAACUCCCUCCUGUGUCCAUCCGAAUCAACUGGCUGGCUCAUCAUCCUCUGCCAGGCAUCAUGGUUACCCGCACACUGAAUCAGCCUAUGUUCCAGAACUAGUUGGUAACACAGCGGGCUACUUGGCAUACCCAUCAACGUCAAAUGGUGCCAAUGAACAGCAUCAGAGCUCGACGUCGCGCCUUAGUAGUUAUAAUGGUUCCGUAGAUUAUUUACCAUAGCUCUCAAGCAAUUGUCGUUGUGCGUCUUGCUUGUGCACCGUGCUCGCUGCGGAAUUUAAUUUGUGUGCGCCGAGAGGCCUGCCGCGCGUGACACAGCGUGACAAAAUUGUGCAUUACCUAUACUUUUUGACCUGUCAUUUUCGGGGCUCACUUAUACAUGCAUUUUAGCGUAUUUUAUUCUUUUUUUUGCACAGGCUUGUAGCCAAGACCUGUAUCUAUUAGAUCAUCCAAGACCGAG